GAAGGCCUCGAAGGGGAACUUCAGAUUCCAAUAUUGCGAACAUGAACGGUGACUCGUCGGCUGUGAAACGCUUCGCGUUGAAAACGGCUAUUAGGAGGGCUAAUUCGCUUGCUGGAUCGUACAAGAGUUCGAAGUCUUCGUGGGCUUUGUCUCCUGGGAGAGCGGAGUCGCCGGCUAUGUCGGUCGAGAGCAUGGAUAGACCGAUGUCGUUUUCGGGCUUCAAACACCAUCCCACUAGUCCUACUACCAAGGUGAAAGGGGUGGAGAAGUUGCUCAACAUGGGUUUUGAUCUUUUCAAGAGUAAGAAAAGUGGUGGGUUUGGGUCUCUUUCGCCCAUUGGUUUUGGUGUUAGCUCGGAGGUUGUUCAUAAGCUUCGUUUGUUUGAUAAUCGGUUGAUGCAAUGGCGGUUUGCAAAUGCUAGAGCCCAGGUUGUGAAUGGAACCAUUUCUCACAAGGCUGAGAGCAAUUUGACAUGUGUUUGGGAUGCUCUCACAAAGAUACAGCGUUCUGUUCUGAAAAAGAAGAUGCAAUUUGUCAGAGAAAAGCUUGAAAUGAAGGUCGCUUUUGUUCUGUAUUCUCAGAUGAAGCUGUUAGAAUCAUGGGUAGGUAUGGAAAGGCAACACUUACAAGCAAUAACCGCCAUCAAAGAGUGUCUGCAUUCGGUUGUUUGCAGAGUUCCUCUUUUGGAAGGUGCCAAGGUGAACAUGCAAUCAACAUCGAUUGCUCUACGGCAGGCAACUGAUCUCACGGCUCGCAUCAAGUCAAUUUUUACUACUUUAUCAUCUCCCGAGGUUGAUAAGACUAUUGCCACGCUAUCAGAAUUAGCAAAAGUUGUAGCACAAGAGAAACAACUCUUAGAAGAGUUCUAUGAUAUUUUCCAGGCCAUAUAUGUCUUUGAGGUUCAAGAAAGAAGUGUAAAGUGCAAUCUCGUUCAACUAGAAGUCUGGCAGAAAAACAUAUGAACUGCAGCAACCACUACCUCAGAUCUCUAUUUAGAUAAUGGACGUCAAAGAAAUAUACAAGUUUUGAUUGACAAAUUUUGCUAAUAGUGCAAACUGUUUACAUGGUCCAGCACUAUAAUUGUUAUUCUUUAAACCACCAUGCACGAUUAGUUUACAUUAACAGUGUCCUUCACAUCA